AUGCCUCGAUUGCCAACUGAAGUGCCGGCAGAAGAGCCCGAAGGACCCAAAUUUGUGGGCAUUAAGUUCUGUCAGGAAUGCAAUAAUAUGUUGUAUCCGAGAGAAGACAAAGAGUCCCGAAUUACACACGACAUCGACGAGUUGGCACGUGUUGUGAGUGAUGUGAUCCACGACCCGACACUUCCCCGCACUCGAGAGCAUCCCUGUCCGCAGUGUGGCCAUAAGGAGGCCGUCUUCUUUCAGGGACAGUCCCGUAGGGCUGAGGACGACAUGAGGUUAUACUACGUGUGCACGAACUCCAAGUGUACCCAUAAGUGGACCGAAUGA